UAAUUUUUAAAGCAGGGAAUUCUUGGCCUGAGAUUUGCUGGUGAGGAGGACAUAGCUACAGGAUUCACUUUCAGGGCUGGAAGGAGCUGAAUAAAGAGAUGAGCUGAAAAAAAAGAACAAGUCAACCUGUGUCUGAGAUUGUGGGAGAACUAUAGUGGUUAUGUAAGGAGGUGGGGAUGGGAACACAGGCCUCCCGGGACAGGAGCACUGGGAAACUAUACUCCUAAUGGGGGAGAAAGACACAGAAAACUGAGAAAUCUGAUACAUGGACAGACAACUGUAUUUAUUGUAAACCAUUAGUCCCCCGAUUAGAAAAAAAGUGAGAGGUGAGCUGUGAAGGCAGUGGACACAGCACAUGCAAAGGGUCGUCUACAACGUGGGACUUUGCAUCUGCUUGUUUGACAUCACCAAGCUGGAGGAUGCCUAUGUAUUCCCGGGGGAUGGUGCAUCGCACACAAAAGUUCACUUCCGUUAUGUCGUGUUCCACCCGUUCCUGGAUGAGAUUUUGAUUGGAAAAAUCAAAGGCUGCAGUCCAGAGGGAGUGCAUGUCUCUCUAGGGUUCUUCGAUGACAUUCUCAUUCCACCAGAGUCCUUGCAGCAGCCAGCCAAGUUCGAUGAGGCGGAACAGGUGUGGGUGUGGGAGUACGAGACGGAAGAAGGGGCGCAUGACCUGUACAUGGACACUGGGGAGGAGAUCCGAUUCCGAGUGGUGGAUGAGAGCUUUGUGGACACGUCCCCGACAGGGCCCAGUUCGGCAGAGGCCACCACCUCUUCUAGUGAGGAGCAGCCGAAGAAGGAGGCUCCGUAUACACUUGUGGGAUCCAUCAGUGAACCGGGCCUGGGCCUUCUCUCCUGGUGGACCAGCAACUAGUCCUGGGGUGGGCAGUGGACCUGGCGCAGGCCUCAGGGAGGUGAGACUGCAGCCCUGAGGACACCGGCAGCUACAGCAGAGGAGCACUGUCCUGACUGGGAGCUGAAGGGCCCCAGGAUGCCCCAGCUUGUUCCUCCGUCCUGCCUGCUCCUGCCAGAGCUCCACCAGUGCAUGGACUUCUGCCUCAGUGACAGUAAAGAUGUUUAAUAAACUGGCCACCCUUGUC